ACCCUUCUAUUCGUCCCGCUUGCUCGUUGCUGCCAUCCUUGCUGCCGUCCUGUCCGCAAGCGUCACUGGACUCGCCAGAUUCACCAUCCGCAGCGCAGCCAUGAGCAUCGUCGACAUCGAGACCGGAAUGUUUGGCAGCAUCGCCGCCAGCCUGGUCUAUCCGGCCGCCGCCAUCCUGGCUCUCCUCUGGAUCUACAUGCAGAUUGUCCGGUCGCCCGUGGUGCUCACCCAUGCCCACGAGACGAUCCACAUCCCCAUUGUUGACCCAGACACACACCGCAUUCGCCGGAUGCCCCUCUCCGAGUUUGUCAAGAAGCAUUGUCCGGGGCUCUAUGGACCCAAGGCCGUUUACCACCCAACCCUGUGGCUCAGCAACGGUCAUCUGCAGACUAUCUUCACGUCCUUCUACAACGACAAGAUGAAGAACGCAAACUACUUCAACAAUGGCUUCCGAUACGAGAGAGAUCAUCUCCAGCUCCCCGAUGGCGGCAACAUCGCCCUGGACUGGUGUCCGGGACCCAACCGACAUCCCUUUGACGAAACUCCCAUCGUCGUCAUUCUCCACGGCCUCACUGGCGGCUCCCACGAAUCCUACAUCAAAGACCUGGUCCGCGAGGUCACGAAAGGGCCCCAGUACUAUCGCUGCGUCGUCGUCAACUUCCGCGGCUGCGCUGGCACCAAACUCACCACGAGCCAGCUCUACUGCGCGGCCUAUACCGGCGACAUCAAGUUUGCGCUCGACUACAUCCGACGCAAAUGCCCAGAAAGCCCUCUGAUUGGCAUCGGGUUCUCGCUUGGUGCAAACAUCAUUCUAAAGGCCGUUGGAGAGAUGGGCUCGGAUUGUCCCUUCAUUGCGGCCAUCUCGGUUGGAAAUCCCUACGACCUGCUCAUCAGCAGCCGAGCGCUCCACCGCAGCUUGGUUGGAAAAAUCUACUCGGCCGCCAUGACGGUGUCGCUAAAGAGCCUUUUCCGCAGUCACAUCGAUGCCAUCAAAGACCAGGAGCUCAUCGAUCCGGACCAUGUGCUUAAGGCUCGACGCAUCACCGACUUUGACGACCGAGCGACCCGCAUCGCCUUCCGCUAUCGGACCGUCGACGAAUACUACCGACUGGGCUCCUCUGCCCCGCACAUCCCCAAUGUCCGAGUGCCACUGCUCUGUCUGCAUGCCAUCGACGACCCCAUCGCCCACAAAGAAGCCCUCCCUUACCACGAAAUCCGCAGCAAUCCGUAUGCCAUCCUGGCAACCACACAGCAGGGCGGCCACCUCGGAUGGUGGUCGGGGAACUUCACCAUCAAGCGGUGGUUCCCAGGACCGGUGCACGAGUUCAUCACGGCCAUGUUCGAGACCUACCUCAGCCUCCCACCGGAUCUCCAAAAGACCUUUGCGACGCCGAUCGGCUUGAGUGCGCCCCUGGUCCCGAGCCGAGCGAUACUGCCGUUCUCAACCCCGAUCGACCCGCACAUCAUCCACAAGGAGAUCCAUGCCACGUCCUUUGGCGAGUCUGACAACGAUCUGAGCGAUUCGGAAGUUGAGCUCGAGAGCGUCCCUGACCCCAACACCCACACCCACACCAACAACAACACCGACGGCACUGCAACCCCUGUCCCAGACCCGACAUCGGCUGGUGCGUCUCGGUCACAUCCCACACAGCCCGCACAACCUGUACCGGCAAGUCAGCUUCUUCGACCGACCCCGGCCCUGCACCGCGCCGUCUCACGGCAGUCCAGCGCCACACACAUCUAUGCCCUCUUCCUCAUCAAGAAGCUGGUGGAGACGAUCCGCUACAAGGGCAUCGUCGUGGUGCUGCUGAGUUGGUUCUUUGGCUACUACAUGGGCAAGUCUCGAAGGCUACUCAACUGAGCUCAUACACACAAGCACACGCGCGCACACACCUGGCCGCUACGUUUGUGGCUCGACCAGAACCGGGCCCGGGUCAACACAACUCCGCGAGAUGGUGGCGGCUUCCGGGGCAAGGCUCGAGGAAGAAACGCCCCACAAGAAACCCAAGAGAAUGCCCGUCGGCAGCCUCGUCCCCAUUCCCCUCGUCCCCGAUUACCGCCUCCAGCUCCAUCCCUC